AUGACUUCUCUAAAGAUUCAAAAAGAAAUUGUGAGUGCAUGUAAAAUAGAGACCGUUAAAGUUAUUCUUGAUGAAUUAAAUGGUGAUUACUUUGCCUUGCUCAUUGAUGAAUCCUUUGAUGUGUCACGCAAGGAGCAAAUAGCUAUUAUAUUUCGAUAUAUUGAUAGAAAGGGAUUUGUGAUGGAGCGACUUAUUGACAUUGUUCAUGUUCAAGAUACUAGUGCUCCAUCUCUAAAGGAGGCAAUUGUUAAUUUACUUGCUCAACAUUCUUUGAGUCCAUCAAGUGUGCGUGGACAAUGUUAUGAUGGGGCAAGCAAUAUGCAAGGUGAGAUCAAUGGCCUUAAAAUGUUGAUUAGGCAAGAAAGUAGAUCGGCUCAUUCCAUCCAUUGUUUUGCUCAUCAACUUCAACUAACUCUUGUUGGGGUCUCUAAAAAGUGUGUUGAAGUGGGAAAACUUGUAGUAUUGGUCUCAAAUAUUUUAAAUGUAUUGGGAUCAUCUUUUAAAUGUAUGGAUGAAUUACGUGAUUCUCAACAACUUGGUCUUUCAAGAGCUUAUGACACUCGUUGGGGAUCUCAUUAUAAAUCCUUUAAUAAUUUUAUUAUUAUGUUUGGCUCUAUUCUUGAUGUUCUUGAAUCACUUGCUCUUGAUGCACGAAAUUUGGAUGAAAGAGCUAAGGCAAUGGAACAUCUCGAAGCUUGUCGAACAUAUGAGGUUGCUUUCAUGUUGCAUUUGAUGAGAGAUGUUUUAGGAAUUACAAAUGAGCUUAAUAAAUGCUUACAAAAAAAGGAGCAAGAUAUUGCAAGUGCCAUGCUACUUGUUGAAGUAGCAAAGAGAAGGUUGCAAGUUUUAAGGGAUGAUGAAUGGGACUCUCUUAUUGCUAAGGUAUCUACAUUUUGUAUCCAACAUGAUGUUUUGAUACCUAACUUUGAUGAGCCAUAUAUUAUCUCUUUAAGAUCACGACGAAAGCUUGCUAACUAUACAAUCUCACAUCAUUAUCGUGUUGAAGUGUUUUGCAAUAUUAUUGAUUGGCAACUUCAAGAACUUAAUAAUCGUUUUGAUGAGGUGAUUACCGAUUUGCUCCAUGGAAUUGCUUGCUUGAAUCCAAUUAACUCAUUUUCAAGUUUUGACAUCAAAAAAGUAAUGAGAAUGGCGGAAUUAUAUCCAGAUGACUUUGAUGAAUCUAAUAUGAAUGCUCUUAGGAAUCAACUUGCAAGUUAUAUUGUUGAUGUUCGUGAUGUUGAUGAAAGGUUCUCCGAUAUAAAUGGGCUUUGUGAUCUUUCCAAAAGAUUAGUUCAGACAAAGAAACAUUUUACUUAUCCUUUGGUAUUCCGUUUAGUGAAACUUGCUCUACUUCUACCAGUUGCCACUGCCUCCGUUGAAAGAGCUUUUUCGGCAAUGAAGUUUAUUAAGAAUGACUUGCGGAGCCAAAUGAGUGAUGAUUUUUUUAGUGGUUGUUUGGUGCCUUAUUUAGAAAAAGAUGUAUUUGAUAGUAUUUCUAAUGAUGCUAUUAUUAAGACAUUUCAAGAUAUGAAACCUCGUAGAAUACAAUUGUAA